GGCACCGGCACCGGUACCGGCCACUGUUACAUCACUAAACUCUGGCUAGCUACGAGAGACCGUGCCCACGUUUGUGCAUUUCCAGCCUUUCCGGCUUGUUCAGUCGUCUGUAACUCGUGACAAAAUUUAGACACCAACAUCGAGAACACACGCACCCAUCGACUCACUUUGGCGAGCAUCGCAACAACUAGCUAGCUUGUAAUAAGCCUUGCACCGAGGAGAGACAGAAGGGCUACAACUACAACUCUAUCCAAACUCAGUCAAUUAUAAGCUACGAAGAGACAAUGUCUGGUUUUGGAAAUUGGUCCCAAAAUCAGCAACCAGCCGAAGAGGGCGGCGGUGGUAGCAAUUGGUUUGGAAUGGAUAUCGGCAAUGUCAAUGUGGGCACGGAUCAGCUGCUGCCUCUCUACGAUGGGAUGCCAAACAUGAGUCUUCAGAACAUUCGAGAGACGAUGGAAUCCCAAAUGCCAAGAAAGAUAUUGGGGAUGAACUAUCAACAGAGAUUCAAGGUCUUUACAGCGCUAAUUCUACUGUCGAUCGUCUUUUUUGCGCUGGCAUUUGGAGUAGGAAUGCCAUUGAUCACUACACGACCUCAGAAAUUUGCGAUAUCCUUUACGUUUGGGAGUCUUCUCUUUAUGGGUAGCUUUGGCAUUCUCAAGGGACCCAUGGAACAUUUGAAGAGUAUGUGUGCUGGAGACCGAAAAUAUUUCACAACAAUUUACGUGGCGAGCAUGGUGGCAACACUGCAUUUCACUUUUAAUCUGGGUGGAGCUCGUGGUUACGUCAUUGUCAUGGUCUGUUCGGCUUUGCAAAUUGUGGCACUCGUCUACUAUCUGAUUAGCUUUUUGCCCGGAGGAGCAACGGGACUGCGCAUUCUGAUUGCUGCCAUGUGCCAAAUGCUAAGACCGGUCUUUGUCAUGUUGGCCAAGUUCCAAGCAAUCUGCAUGGCAAAGUGUUGUGCCUUUCUUGUCCGAAGACGAUCUUCCUAAGAAUCCAAACAUUUGAUUCUGAUUCCUUCCUUCCUCCUGAUUCCAUUGAAUUUGACCCGAAAACGCAGAAGGAUGGACGAAUGGCCUGUAUACAAGAGGGAACCAAGAGAGUGGCACGAGUUGUGCAGCUGUGAAUAUUGAAGACUGCUGUACUAAUCCAUCCUCCCCAGUCCCUCAAAGUAGGAGCGGUAACUAUUGAUGCGCCCGCGUAUCAGUUCCCCGUCUAAAACCAUGUGCAUGCACUGCUCUGUUGGGAAAAAGAAUGGUACCAGCUAGUAUGCCAUUUCUUGAUGAACACUGCCAUUCAGGCGGAGCGAUAAGACUACGAUACACCACUAUAAGAUACCAUUGUUUGUCUAGCUAGCU